CGAAACUUCAUUCAUCUUCUGGAAACCGUUCGAUCAAAUUCACCCGUCAAGAAUGCUCCCGAUUGCGAGAUUCGCCAAGCCGGUAUUCCGUAAACCUUACUUCGGAACGGCAAUUCGACCCAGCAGCGCGAAAUGUUCCCCGAAGGAUGUCCUCGUGGGUCAUGGUGGUCCAUCUGGAGCCGGAACCCGGAGGUGGCGCAGCUUGUCCCUGUUCGUGGCAUUUCCGGCCUUGGGGUUAGCGAUGGCCAAUGUAUUUUCGACGCCCUCGGAGGACCUCGACCGGGAGUUUGUCCCGUACGAGCACCUGUACAAGCGAUCCAAACGAUUCCCCUGGGGCGAAGGUAAGGAGAGCCUGUUCCACAAUGACCACACCAAUGCACUUCCUGGGCAAGGAUUCGCCCACAAGUGAGCAGUCGGAAGGCGGCUGAUUUCAUGUUGAAGGUGAAUGGAAUAUCGUUAAAUUUUGAAACGUGAAAAUAAACUGUUCAUUAGACCUGUAAAUAAAUCCUUGUGAAUUAA